UGAAAAACAAUUAGGUGUUAUAUAUUUAAAAUAAAAAAUAGUUAUAAAAAAAAAAGGAAGGGUAGAUAUAUAUUAAUAUAUCUAUUGGUUGGGGUUUGAAAGCAAAUGGGAAAGAUAAGAAAAUAUACUAGACAAUGUGCAAAGUGUAUCGUGGUUUUUUUUUUCAUGUCAUUUAAUAGUGUGUGUGUAUGUAUUUGUGGUUUUCUCGUUUACAUUUGAAAAUCAAUACUGAUAAAAUAACUUGGGGGGCUUGAAAAAUAUAUAUAUAUAUAUUUUUAUUUGAUAAGAAAAUUUAUACACAUAUAUAUUUAUUGACAAUGUGUUGAUGAAAAAUAAAAUUUUUAUCAGUAAAUACAUGUAUAUAACUAGACACGCGAUUAACGCAUCAUUUUCAUCACAAAUUUUCAAUAUUAUUAUUAUUAUUAUUAUUAUUAUUUUUUCAACUUUAAUGUUGACGUGGUUGUUGGAUAAAAAUCACCCACGUUUAUUGACAUCGAUAGAUUGUGAUUUGCGGUAUAUAGAAAAAUAGAAAAAAACAAAAUAAAUAAAGAAUUUAGAAAGAGAGAUAUAAUAUAUAAAGAGGUAGAGGUAAAAAAAAAUUACGUAGGGAGUUGUGUAUAUACAUAUAAGGAGUCAAGUUGAGAAAAAUAAAAAAAAAAUAAGAUGGCCAUUACAGCAGUAUCAAGUUGUCUUGGUCCCCCACCAUUACCACCAGGUAAACGUUUUAUAAAACGUACAACAAUUAAUAAAAAAUUAUCAUCAACAUAUUUAAGUUUUCAUGAUCCAGCAAUUGAAUCAUGGUUAUCAAUAAAUAUUAAUGAAAAAAAUAUAAAUAAUAAAUUAACAAAAAAAACAAAAUUACGUUUAUCAUAUACAACACAUGAUAUUGAUGAUAAUAAUAUAAAUUAUAAUGAUAAAAAAUAUAAAAAAAAUUUAUUUAAAAGUCAAUCUGAAGGAAAUUUAUAUUUUAAUCAAAAAUAUAAUAAUAAUGAUAAUAAUAAUAUAACAUUAAAAUCAUUUGACAAGUGUAUCAAAGUUAUUUAUGGAAGUUGGAAAAAUUUAAUGCAACUUGGUGGCAUGAGCCGGCCAUCGAAAGCCGUUACCCAGGUGAAGAAGGUGGCACCACCAGCUGUACCCGAUGUAUUCCGACAUUCUGGUUCGUCUUUUGGUUCGGCUGGUUACGCUAGUAGUGAAGACGGUGGUUUUUUAUCAAGUGGUGGUGGUGUUGGUGGUCCUGGUGACGACGGUUCUUAUGGUAUGCCAGCUGGUAAAAGUCCUGGACCAAUUUACACACAUCCUGGAUUUGCAUUUCCACCAGUUGUUGGCAAAUAUGCCCACGCCGAGGAUCAAGGUAUCGAUAUGACCCAGAGUCCAGGUCGUGAUAGUCCAGGUAGUUCAGGCUCAGGAUCUGGUUCAAGACAUUCAACAGCAUCACUUGAUUCUGGUAGAGCAUCUGGUUAUCAUUUAGGACCAAGAGGACCAGGUGCACUUGCAUCAUCACCAAGAUGUUCAAUAAGUUCACUUGGUAGUCAUCCAGACAGACCAGUUGACCUUGAAGUUGUUCAUGUAUGGUUAACGGAAUUACAAUUUGAAGAAUAUUUUCCGCUAUUUGCAUCAGCUGGAUAUGAUCUUGCUACUAUAAUGCGCAUGACCCCUGAGGAUCUAACAGCAAUAGGUAUAAAAAAGCCAAAUCACAGAAAACGUCUUAAAGCGGAAAUUGAUAAUUUAAAUGUUGGUGAUGGUUUACCAGAACAUAUACCAGGUUCAUUAGAAGAAUGGUUACGACUUUUGAGACUUGAAGAAUAUCUUGGUGCAUUACAUCAACAAGGAAUGCGUUCAGUUGAAGAUGUAACAACAUUAACAUGGGAAGAUCUUGAAGAUAUUGGUAUUGUACGUUUGGGACAUCAAAAAAAGCUAUUAUUAGCAAUAAAAAGAGUUAAAGAUAUACGUUCUGGUAAACGUGUACAACCAUUGGAUUUAGCAAGAUUACCACCACAUCCUGGACAUACACAAGAUGUUGUUAUACAAAGAGGUGGACAAGAUUUACCAUCACCAGAUGAAGAUUGUUCAUCACCAGUAUUACGUUCAUUUCAAAGAACUGGUAAUAAUAAUAGUAAUAAUAGCAAUAAUAAUAAUGAUACAAAUAUAGGAUGGAAAAGUAUGUAUGCAGCAUUACCACCUGGUGGUAUUGAUUAUAAUAGUAUUAAUCGUGGUCCACGUGGUAAAUCACUUGAAAGUCUUGAAGAUGCACCAUUAACUUUUCCACCAUCACCAGCACCAAUAUCACAUAUUGAAUCAAUUGGUUGGCGAUCAAGAUGUUUUGAAGAUGGUGAUGUUACACCAACAAAUGAAGUAUCAUCAAUGAUUGAGACUGCUAGUGUUGGCAGUGGUGGUGGUGGUACACUUCCAAGACCACGACAUUGUCUAGUAAGACCACGACCCGUUGCAAAGUUUUUGGAUCAGGUAACAGCAACACAAGGACAAUUUAAAUCAUUACCACGUGAUUUUGAUAAUAAAUAUCAAUUAACAUAUGGCCUUGAAAGUAGUCCACAUUUACCAAAAAGACGUCCACCAUCACCACCAAGACGACAAAGUUCACGUGAUUUAAGUAAUAUACAAAUAAGUGGUAAUAGUGGUGAUGUUGUUAUUGACUGUAGUGGUCCAGUACCAACAACAUGUGAUGAACAUGAAUUACAUCAUCAUAAUAUUCAUAAUCCACCACCACCACCAGCACCAACAACAAAUGUAGCACCAUCAACACCACAAAUGCAUAGACCAACAUCAUCAAUGUCACGUUCUUGGGGUAGUGUUUCUGGCAAUGUUAAUGAAGAACAUGAACUUAUAUGUACACUUGCUCUUCAACAUCGUAAUGGUUCUGACGCUAGUUUUAAGUCAAGCUCAAGUACAGAGUCAGAUUCAUUACCAUUUGCAAAUGAAAAUGCUGGUACAAUAAAACAACGUGCAGCAAGAGUACAAGAAUAUGCAAAUAAUAAUUCAUCUAAUAUUGGUAAUAGUAAUGGUAAUCAUCAUCAACAUCAUCAACAACAACAACAACAACAACAUCAAAUACAAAUUCAUCAUCAUCAUCACCAUCAUCAAGCACCAAAUAAUGAAGAACCAGCUGAUGUACUUAAUGAUAUUGGAAAUAUGCUUGCUAAUUUAACUGAUGAACUAGAUGCAAUGCUUGAAGAAGAAAAACGUCAAGGUCUCAAUCCAUAAUCAUCGUCAUCAUUAUCAUUAUUAUUAUCAUUAUCAUCAUCAUCAUUAUCAUCAUUAUCAUUACCAUUAUCAUCAUCAUCAUCAUUGCCUUUAUGUGUGUCAUACAUUGUACUUGUGUUGCCAUAAAACGACAGUGAAAAUUAACGAUGACAAAAUAACAGACAUUUAAAAAACAAAAAAUUAUUAUUUUAAUAUUAUAUUAUUAAAAAAAAAAAAAAAAAAAAAAAACAUAAUUUUUAUCAUUGAGUAGAAAACAAUUAAACAAUUUAAAAAUUAAAAAACAAAACCAGCUGGAGUGAGUUGAUUUUUCAAUAUAUUUAUCAUUGGAAUUUUAAUUUUUUUAUUUUUAAAAUCCAAUUUUUUAUACUUCCGAUUUGCACUGGUUCUAUUAUAAUAUAAUAUAAUUAAUUUAAAAAAAAAAACACAUGUGAAAGCUUUUUUUUUUUCUUUUUUGUUUUUAACUAUUAUUUUUAUUGAUCGUAGAUUUAUUAUAUCGUCAACAGGGUCACUGUGUAAUCACUGAUAAAUUGUGUGUCAGUGUUUUUAGAGCUCAUUUAUUAUUAUUUUAUUUUUUUAAUAGAUAAACAUAAAAUUUUAUAUGAGCUAUAGUAGCACAUACACGUGAGAUUUAUGUUAUUAUAAAAUGAGCUUAAUUUUUAUUUUAUUUUUUUGCUCUAAUAAAUUCUUUUGAUAGGCAGCUUAUUUUUUUUUUUCUAUAUAGUAAGACAUUCCAUUAGAAAUUUCUCGCUAUUUAUUUGUUUAUAAUUUUUUUUUCUUUUUUUAAAUCAUCAUGAUGUUUAAUCAAAUAUUCAUAUUGAAAAAAAAAAAAAAAGAAACUAGAUCAGAUAGCCGUAGUUUUUUGUAUAAAAAAUAUAUUAUUAAAAAAAAAAACCAAUAAAGUACUUGAAUCGUAACAAAAACAAAUAUAUAUAUAUUAUGGGUUUUUAAACUCGAAAAAAAAAUCUAUAAAAUAAAAUGAGCAAAAGUAUAUUAAAAACAACAAUUGUAUUCAUAAAAAAAAAAAAAAAAAGAAAAGGCUGACGUUUUUUUUGAUGGAAUCAUUGACCAUUAUUGAAUAAACUGCUAAAUGCCAAUCGAUGUAUUUUUUUUUUUUUUUUAUAUACAUAUUUAUUACUUGUAGUAAUGAUGAAAAAAUUCAAAAAAUUAAAUACGUAAUUUAAGAUUGUUAUAAAGCAGUGUGCCCAAUUAUACAGGGUGUUGAGGUGACAUUUAAAACAAAAAUUUUCUUUUAAAACAAUUUUAUACCGUAAAUGGCAUAAAUAAAUUUUUUUAUUUCAAUUUUUAUCAUUGUUUUAUAUGCAAUUUAUACUGGUGCUUUUUUUAGCACUUUAGAUUGUAAUAAGGUGCAUUAAUUAACUAUGUAAAAAAAAAAAUUCACUCCUCUGGUGUCACACAUGUGUAUCCAGAUAAAAAAAAAAAAGCGAUUAUUUACUUGCAAAUUAUCAAAAAUAAAUCCACC